GUGUUGACUCGCUCCUCUGUGGAUGCUUUGGAAGAGUUGGUGGAAAGCUGAGAGCUGCUAGCUGUCAGCAGAGCUCUUGUGUUUUUGGGCCACUGGCUAUACCUGCAUGGGACCUUACCUGCUGACAUCUGGCAACAGUUUUUAAUGGAGCAGUUGUGAUCCAACUAACGACUUCUCAUGCUGAUUCCCUCAUAAAUACCAAAGGCUGGAGAUUUGAUCCUGGUCAAUGUAUAUAGCACUUACCUCAACUCCAACAGAAAUGAAUGCCAACAGUAUGCCUAAACAAGUUGAGGUGAGGAUGCACGAGAGUCACCUGGAGCCCAUUGAGGCCAGGCCUCAGUCCAAAUGUGCCAAAAUCUGCUCCAAGAUGUUCAAGAACCUUCUGCUCACACUCACCAUCCUUGGUGUGAUCUUGGGAGCUGUAGCAGGGAUGUUGCUUCGUGUCGCUUCCCCAAUCCACCCAGAUAUUGUCAUGGUGAUUGCUUUUCCUGGAGACAUCCUGAUGAGGAUGCUGAAGAUGUUGAUCCUGCCACUUAUCAUUUCCAGUUUAAUCACAGGUCUGGCCGGCUUGGAUGCUAAAUCCAGCGGUCGCCUGGGCACCAGAGCUAUGGUCUACUACAUGAGCACCACUGUUAUUGCUGCUGUCCUGGGAGUCAUCCUUGUGUUAGUCAUCCACCCUGGCAACCCCAAACUUAAAGAGAAUCUAGGCGAAGGCGAGAAAAACGAUGAUGUAUCCAGCUUGGAUGCCUUCUUCGAUCUGAUAAGAAACCUGUUUCCAGAGAACUUGGUGCAGGCUUGUUUCCAACAGAUUCAAACCGUCACAAAGAAGGUAGAGGUGGUUAUUGAAGAGGAGGUCAAUGCCACCACUGUGGAGGGUCUGGUGGCUAACAUUACCAAGGAGCCUCAGUUCAUCGUCAAAAAGUCUCUGCAGUUCAAAAGUGGCAUGAAUGUCUUGGGUCUGAUUGGUUUCUUUAUUGCAUUUGGCAUCUGCAUGGGCAAGAUGGGAGAGAAGGCCAAACUCAUGAUUGAAUUCUUCAACAUUCUCAAUGAGAUUGUGAUGAAACUUGUCAUCUUGAUCAUGUGGUAUUCUCCCUUUGGUAUUGCCUGUCUUAUCUGUGGUAAGAUCAUCUCCAUCAAGGAUCUGGAGGUGGUUGGCAGGCAGCUGGGCAUGUACAUGGUGACUGUGAUUAUUGGCCUCAUCAUCCACGGAGCAAUCUUUCUGCCCAGCAUCUACUUUGUUAUUGUCAGGAAAAACCCCUUCACCUUCUUCCUGGGCAUCUUCCAGGCCUGGAUCACUGCCCUGGGGACAGCCUCCAGUGCUGGUACACUACCUGUCACCUUCCGUUGUCUGGAGGAGAACUUAGGUAUCGACAAAAGAGUCACUCGUUUUGUGCUCCCAGUCGGUGCCACUAUCAACAUGGACGGAACUGCUUUGUAUGAGGCAGUGGCAGCCAUCUUCAUUGCCCAAAUGAACGGCAUCCACCUUGACCCUGGUCAGAUUGUCACUGUCAGUCUGACAGCUACCCUGGCCAGUGUUGGAGCAGCCAGUAUUCCCAGUGCCGGCCUGGUGACUAUGCUUUUGAUCCUGACUGCUGUAGGCCUGCCAACCCAAGACAUCAGUCUGCUGGUUGCUGUUGACUGGCUGCUGGAUCGAUUCAGGACCUCAGUGAACGUGGUGGGUGACUCCUACGGUGCAGGCAUCGUGUACCACAUGUCCAAGGCUGAGCUCGAAGAGCUGGACGCGCACAUGGCCAAAUCCGACGACAUUGAAAUGAUGACGAAGACCCCGUCUUAUUACGAUGACAUGAAGAACCACCACGAAAACAAUUCCAACCAGUGCGUCUUAACCGCUACCACCUCCACUACAGCUACUGCCACUGCUAACAAUUCUGUCGUAGUAGAUGAAUGCAAGGUAACCUCAGCCACUAACGGCUCUGCUGCGGAGUGCACGCUUGUUGAGGAGGGACCAUGGAAACAUGAAUAAUGGCAGCACAGAGAUCCCCUGCUCCUGGGCUCCACAAGCUUUCCUAUCUGGUGAUAAAAAAGAGUGAAUGAAAAAAAAAGUCACAUGAACAGAACUACUAAUUGUUUUUUUAUGUAG